AGAGCGCAGCCAGAAAUUUUUCUCCGGAGUUGAUUGUUUGAAAUUUUGCUGUUUUUCCUGCAUUUUACCCGUUUUAAAUAGUGCCCGUAUGAUGCAAUUUAUGCUGCUCUUCAGCCGACAAGGCAAACUGCGACUGCAGAAGUGGUACGUCGCCCACCCGGACAAGGUGAAGAAGAAGAUCACCCGGGAGCUGAUCACGACCAUCCUGUCCCGGAAGCCGAAGAUGUGCUCGUUCCUCGAGUGGAAAGAUUGCAAAAUUGUUUACAAGAGAUAUGCCAGUUUAUACUUUUGCUGUGCAAUCGAACAGAACGAUAACGAACUGCUAACCUUGGAGAUCAUUCACAGAUACGUGGAACUGCUGGAUAAGUACUUUGGAAGUGUAUGCGAGCUGGACAUCAUCUUCAACUUCGAGAAGGCCUACUUCAUCCUGGACGAGCUGCUGGUGGGUGGCGAAAUCCAGGAAACGUCCAAGAAGAACGUUCUCAAAGCCAUCGCCGCGCAGGACGUGCUCCAAGAGGACGAGACGGUAGAUGGCGCACUUCGAGAUAUUGGACUGAUUUGAGAGAAACAGAACAGACAGAAGACAGUGUGUGCCUGAGGGAGAUAGAGAGAAAGAGAGACAAGAACGCUCAAAAACGAUACUAGAGUGGCUAGAGAGCUUAGUCCCAUUCGCGGCCAUUUGGUUUUUUUUUCAGUUUUUAUUUAAGUUCUGUAGGUUUAGCUCAUACUUUUGUUUUCUGUUUAUAAAGAGACGAAUUUGUGUCAAUUUUCAUAUGUUAGGAUGGCCAGAUAGCCCAGACAACCAGAAGAAGACUUUAGGGCCACCCGCACUAGAGCCGGAUCUGACGCGUUGCGGCAAAGUAUUAGCCCAAGUAACAUUGCUGGUUUUAUCGUGGUUUUAUAGCAUUCUACAAGUCUAAAUCAUGGCCUACAGAACCCUCAUAAAACCAAAAUUGUUACUUGGAAGGUGAAUCAAUUGUCUAACUGUCAAAUUUAUGUCAACGCAACGCAACGCGGAUCUAGUGUGGAUAGCCAUUUACAAUGCACAAAUAUUCAAUUUCGGAAAUUACAAAUUCAGUCUAAAUCGUAUUAAGUUUAGUUUUAGUGCAAUCGUACGCAAUGCAAAUUUCUGACGUAUAGACGUAUAGUAAUAGUAAUUUUGGUAUCGUUUAUUAGUACAAAUUAAAUCUGAUUACACAGUAAAUCUUGACAAAUGGAAUUUGUUAUUACAGAUAAACUAGUAUUCUUUUGUAUGUUUAAGCCUAAUGCAUUAUAUACGACUUGCUUGACGGUACAUUUGUUCGUACAUGACAGAAACUCCUUUGAUAUACAGGCAUUCCGGUUGUCUGGGUAGGAUAUUUCAUUUGUAUAGUUUGUAAAAAUUUUCAAUAGUUAAGAUAGAGAUUUGAUAGCAGUAUAGGCCAUAUACCAUGUUCGUUCAUCUGGAAAAUAAUAAAAAAACAUAAACAAAUGGAGAAAACGACAUUCUAAAGUGGAACCAGUCCACAAAAUCAGCCAAUUGAGCCUGUCCGAUAAGUUUUAAUGAAUAGCGCCUUAAGAGCUGAGGAACAGUAUUGGUUACCACCACUAGAUUAGCCUUAACACGUGUGAGACAUUUGAAAAUAAGCUAACCUCUUCCCAGUAGAGUAGAGAAAGUCUUUGGUGGUUGGUUUUCGUUAAAUAUGAACACUUAUACAAGAGCAGUAAGUAGGUUUCUCUGUCUGUGUGUGAUACUUUUUAUACGAACGCAUUCUCACACGCACUAACACACCGGCUGCCUGCUAUUUUGGCAUUAAACCUAGCUGUAGUUGAUUAUUUACACGUAGAGUUGGAGUAAGGUGAGUGAUUUAGUUAAACUUAUUAUAAGAUUUAGAUGGUUGAAAUUCCGGUAGCAAAUAAGAUCGAUCGUUUCUGAGGAAUAUGAUUCGUGGCUGAACUUUAAAUUGAAAUCCGUCCGCAAGGCUGAUCUACUUUGUAUGCGGCAGUUUUGUCAUCAAGGUUGGGGCUCCACCCAUUUGGUUUUGGUGGAAAAUUGGACAACUGUUUUCUGCUUGAAUUUGUAUUAGUUGUGGGGUUUUGGUAUCUGAAAUUGAAGUCCGUGUUAGGGAUCCGCAAGCAUGCCAUUUGGGCAAUAACCAGUUACAGUUUCAAUACCAAUCAAAUCUGAUUCACAUGGUAAUAACCCAAGUUACAUUGCAAGCUUUAUAAAGGUUUUGUAGCAUUCUACAAGCCUAAAUCAUGGACUACAGAACCCUCAUAAAUCCAAAAUUGUUACUUGGAAAUGUAAAUCCGUCCAUCAGUGGCCAAGUUGCAUGCGUUUAAACCCUUACAUGACUUCGUGACGCUGCUUCGAUGAAAUGACUCCCCUUACCUUCGAUAAAGACGUAGUCCUACACGUCAAAACCUUUUCAGGAAGUCUUUUU